AUGUCUGCCGGCGAGACCAUCACCGCGCCCAAGCGGCCCAGCAAGCAGCUGCGUCGCCUCAGCUCUCAAGAUGCCACCAUCAACGCCCUGAACAUGCGUGGGCCAACGGUGGUUGUGCCGCCAAAGCAUCUCAUGGCUCCCAGCAACGCCCACGAAACCGCGGCUGCCUUUGAGAUGGCCAGGCUGGAGAUUGAAGAUGUCACAGACCCAACCUCUGAGCCUGAGACCCCUCCAGACACGCUCGUUACGGACAAGUUUGCAUUCGCCUUCGACAUUGACGGAGUUCUCAUCCGUGGCGGACGACCGAUCCCAGAGGCCAUCGAGGCCAUGCAAGUCCUCAAUGGCAAAAACGAUUACGGCAUCAAGAUCCCCUACAUCUUCGUCACCAACGGUGGGGGCAAGACAGAGCAAGAACGCUGCAUCCAAUUGUCGAAGCAGCUCGACAUUGAAGUCUCACCCGGACAGUUCAUCUGUGGCCACACUCCCAUGCGGGAAAUGGCUGAAAAGUUCAAGACUGUGCUUGUCGUUGGAGGCGAAGGCGAGAAGUGCAGACACGUUGCUGAAGGCUACGGCUUCACGGACGUUGUGACGCCUGGCGAUAUCAUCAAGGACAACCCAGAUACCACUCCUUUCCGAAAGCUCACGGAAGAGGAGCAUGGCAACUCUAGGGAGAGGAAUUUCGCUGAGACCAAAAUCGACGCAAUCUUUGUCUUCGCCGACAGCAGAGACUGGGCUGGCGACCAGCAGAUCAUCCUCGAUUUGCUCAUGUCGAAGGGAGGCUACCUGGGAACUCGGUCUGAAAACUUCGACGAGGGCCCACCGCUCUUCUUCUCGCACAACGAUGUCGUUUGGUCGGCCUCUCACGAUCUGACUCGUCUCGGAAUGGGCGCUCUCCGUCUUUCCAUCGAGGCUAUGUUCAAAGCAGUCACCGGCAAGGACCUAGAAACCACCGCUUUCGGCAAACCGCAGAUUGGCACGUUCCAGUUCGCCACCAGACUCUUGCAGCAGUGGCGCAAGGACACGCACGGUAUCGAUGCGCCACCAGAGACCGUGUACUUUGUUGGCGACACGCCUGAAUCAGACAUUCGUGGAACUAACCAGUUCAACGAGGAGUCCGAAAACACCUGGUAUUCCAUCCUCGUCAAGACCGGUGUCUACGAGAACGGUACCACGCCAAAGUACGAGCCCAAGGCCACUGUCGACACCGUUUUGGACGCCGUCACGCACGGCAUCCACCGCGAGAACCAGCGAGAGCAAAAGAAACUGCUCAAGGACGCCCUCAACAUCACGGACAGCAAGCUGAACGGAAGUGCCAUGUUGUCUCCAGACGCUUCAAAGCACAACACCAACCCAUUGGACCAGGCUGCCGUCGCAUAA